AAAUUUUCGGAUUUGGGAAUGAAAGGAUUUUCAUUUUUGGUCGGUACUGAUUGUCGUAUAUCAUUAUUGCACGAGGUGGAUUUGUGGUAAAAUAGAAACGCAGAUUUUCUUCACUUUUUUAAAUAUAUUGAUAACAUGCUUAUGGAUUUAUCCGACGCGGACCAAAGUGAUAGUGGAAUGGAGUCCUUAACCGCGAGCAAAGACGAUACACCAGAACGUAGACCUGAGGAUAUUUCCUUUAUAACACCUGUACCUGUACAGGUGGGAACUUCACCAACUGCUGGUACUCCGCCAUACAUCACUCUUAAAGAGUACGACGAUGAGCCAGACGAAACCUUAUCAGAAAGGUUAUGGGGACUAACUGAAAUGUUCCCUGAAUGUGUCCGCAAUGGCACAUACACAGCUACUACCAAAACUUGGAGUGGAGUAAAAAGUCUAUACCAGCUAUCUCGCUCUGUCAUGUGGGUGGUUGCUAGCUCCUCGGUCAUUCUCUUUGCCCCCGUCAUAUUUGAAGUUGAGAGGGCGCAGGUGGAAGAAAUGCAAAAGUCACAACAGAAACAGGUACUGCUGGGUACUAAUACUGCUAUGUCAGGACCUACGCCAGGAUUGCCGCCGAUGCCACGAUAAAUAUAGAAUAUGUACCAAAUAAAAUAAUUUAGAACACACAUGCGUGUUAUCAGUAUGUAACAUGUGAAUGAAUAUUCUUUGAUGUUUCCACAUAUGAUUUAAUAAUAGUUUAAUUCAAAUAGGUACUUUGACUUAAAUCGAUGAGAUUUGGCAGCUGUACCAAACAUGAAUCUGUAUGCAUUUUCAAUUGUUUGUCAGUAGUAUAUAGGUUAGAUAUGACAAAAAAAAGUUUUUGGUAUGAAAAGGCUUUCUUUGUUUGAAUGGCAAUAGAUUGGAGUAUACAUAUUAUUUUGAGUUGUAGAUAUAAUUUUUGUUAAACAUGUAAUAGAAGAAAUAAAUCUUUUUAAAAUGUU